CCUCGGUCGGGCGCACCCUCGGUUUUCGAGACAUAAAACACCCGAAGCUGCGACAGCGUCCUCUUGAUCACCCCGCGCUAGCAUGUUCGCCGCUGACAAUGCUUGCCUUGGAUAGAAUGAUGACGCUGCCGAAGCAACCGAAACCUCCGAGCCGAUUGACGAGGGCGAUUCGUCGCAUCUUGCCGACCAGUCCGCGAUUGAAGACGACGACCAACUUGUGACCCGCGUGACCCAACAUCUGGCAACCCCCGCGAUGCAGGUCCAAGCAAGCAAAGACCACUCCAACAGCAUCCACGAAUCGAACAAGGAGGGAGUUAAGGCAUAUGCCAAGAUCGCCGCACUGGAUUGGACCUACUACAUCACGAGGCUCACCGUCAACAUCGGCCGCUCGUCCGAGCCCGCCCAAGCACGGGCGGACCAGAACCCGGACGACCCCGACGCGAUCCAUAUCGAUCUGGGUCCCAGCAAGCUCGUCUCCCGGCUUCACGCGAUCGUCUACUUCAACCGCGAUGAGGAAAAGUGGUGGCUGCUCGUCAAGGGUCGUAACUCGCUCAAGGUGGACGGUGCGUUGUGGAAGGCUGGUCAGGCCGGGCCCCUGCGGAGCGGCGAGGUCAUCGAGAUUGGCGGCGUCGAGAUGAUGUUCGUCCUCCCCAUCGACCUGAGCCCUCUCCAGAUCGCUCAGCAGUACCUCGACCGGGCCGGCAUCAUCAAGCCAGAGCCUUCUGCUUCUGCUGCUCCCGCGCGACCAGCACGGCAUCCCCUCCCGUCCGGAGACGGCACCCACUCGAGCUCCCCGAGCAAGUCGUCGCGAGGUCACAGCGCUCAGAAGCCCCUGGCUCCUGCCCCGCCCGACUACAAACGACCGGGCACUCCUCCGUCUGCGCGUGCCCGUUCCGGCGCGACGGCCAAAACGCCGCUUGUCGACCACGGUUCCGGUCCCUUGAUGAUGAGCAACAGCGAUGUGGAUCUGAGCUUAGACGAGAAUCGGCACAUCAAGCCCCAGUUCAGCUAUGCUCAGAUGAUCACGCAAGCAAUCAUGAACACGCCCGAGCAGAAGCUCAACCUGGCCGGCAUCUACCACUACAUCCAGUCUCGAUACGCCUACUAUCGCCAUCAGCCCGCCACUGGCUGGCAGAACUCGAUUCGGCACAACCUGUCGCUGAACAAGGCGUUCGAAAAGAUUGCCCGGUCGACGGAUGAACCAGGGAAGGGCAUGAAAUGGCAACUGGUCCCCGAAGCCCGCGAAGAGAUGCUCCGCACCGCGUGGAGGGGAGGCCGCGGUGGCCAUCGUGGCUCGUCCAACCCGUCAUCUCCAAGCCAGCUCAGCUAUAUCACCUCGGGGCCUCGGGACAUGGCCUCCAAAGAUCCCGCGUCGGCGCGCAAGCGCAAGGUGUCGCCGUCGGGGUCACCCCAGCCCCGCUCGUCGCUACGGGAUUCGCACGUAACCCCCGUGCGCCCGAUCCGAAAACCAUUACCUGACGAGGCCGGCACGGGCACGGACGACAGUCCCCUCCCGCGCGCCCGCAAGGCGAACACCUCGAGCGCCCUGGGGUUGGUGGAGAACGCGCCGGGGUCCCCGACUUUGACGUCGUCGUACCUGCAAGACGAUGGUGCGUCGUUCGUCACGCCGGCGCCGCACCGGGUCCAUCCCAAGCUGGCGCCGCCGAGCACCGCCCAGCGCCCCAGCCAGCACAUGCCGACGAGCUCGCCGGCGCCUUUCUGGAAGUACGCCGAUAUUGGGAGCACCCCGCUAAAGCCGGUCCACGCACCCUUCGACCUCAGCCCGUCCAAGACGCCCGGCGGUCUUCCAGCUGCGAGCAGCAGUCCCCCGCGGAGCAAGUCACCGGUACCACCGAGCCCCACGAGGCCGAGCAGUCGCGCACCCGUGGACGAGCCGCCCAGCCCCGCGGGGGACGACGACGAGGGUGGGUUCGACUUGACGAAGGGCUUCCAAAGUAUCGGCAGCUACCAUGCCCCGGUAGGACACGGAAAGCAGGUCCAGCCCGCGUCUAACGGCGACUUGUCUGCCGGCGGCAAUUCUUAGGGACGUGUUGUCCACUGUCCAGCGCAGUCCGACGAAAUCAGGUCUCAGCUGAGCGAAAGCCAACGCCCGUUCUUGGUGAUUGCGCUCCGACUCAGUGGGCGCGUCUCUAACCGCUCUCGCUUCCUGA